ACUUCAGAGUAAACUCCAACUUCCAACCUGCAUCAAACCCAUCAAAAACCUAUAAAAUAAAAUAAAUAAAAAACUCCGCAAAUCAUGAUUUCAAUCAUGGAUCGUACGGUCCAGCCAUCGCUGGAAAUGCAGCAAUCCGUGGCAGCCGUGGAGCAAAUCGUGGGCUACGAUUUUAGGAACAAGAGGCUUCUAGAAGAAGCUCUGACCCACUCCUCUUACUCCGAAUCGCCGUCGUACCAGCGCCUCGAAUUCGUCGGCGACGCCGUUCUCAGCCUCGCCCUCAGCAACCACUUCUUCCUUGCUUAUCCUGGGGUCGAACCCGGCACUCUCUCUCUGCUGCGCUCCGCCAACGUCAGCACCGAGAAGCUCGCACGUGUGGCUGUCCGGCACGGCCUUUACUGCCACCUCCGCCACAAUGCACCUGCUCUCCGGGAUAAGGUUAGGGAGUUUACUGAAGCUGUCACCGGAGAAGACGAGACGCCGCUUGUAUAUCGUGGUUCUGUGAGAGCUCCUAAGGUUCUUGCAGAUAUGGUGGAGUCUGUGGCAGCAGCAAUGUAUGUUGACUUGAAUUUUGAUCUGGAACAAUUAUGGAUGAAAUUUAGGUGCCUUUUGGAGCCUAUAGUUACUCUUGAAGAAGUGCAAGGUCAACCUCAACCUGUUACAGUGUUGUUUGAGCUUUGCCAGAAGCACGGGAAACAUGUUGAUAUCAAACAUUGGAGAGAUGAGACCAAAAGUAUUGCUAGUGUCUAUGUUGAUGGCGUGUUUGUUGCCUCGGGUUCUUCUGAGCAGAAGGAGAUUGCCAAGCUUGAUGCUGCUAAGAUAGCUCUUUUAAAGUUGUCAAAAUCGUUGGGGGUAAGUGGCAGGUCGACGAGAUUUAUUGCGGGAAUUGAUGGAAAGUUUCAAAUUGAAGAAGCAAAACAGAAGUUGCAUGAGCUUUGUGACAAGAAGAAGUGGCCUAAACCAAUUUACACCAUUGAGAAAGAUGAAGGUCCUUCACAUGAGAAGAGAUUUGUAUCCUCAGUCAAAAUUGCAACUGCGGAUGGUGUACUAUACAUAACAGGAGAUGAAAGGCCGAGAAUAAAAGAUGCGGACAACUCUGCAGCUUCGUCAAUGAUCUGUGCUUUGCAAGAAUCUGGUUUUAUACUAGUUUUGCUUCAACAUACAUCAACGACGAUCUUCCAAUUCAGCAACAUGACAAUCUUCAGCACUACCUCAGCAUCCCUCGAUCGCGAGCUCCCGCCAUCGCCUGAAAUGAAAGAUAAAGUGACGGCCAUGGAGAAAAUCGUAGGCCACAACUUCAAGAACAAGAGGCUUCUAGAGGAAGCUCUCACACACCCCUCCGUCACAAACUUCCCAUCGUACGAGCGUUUAGCUGUGCUCGGUGACGCUGCCCUUGGCAUGGCUAUGAGUGAGCACCUCUUUCUUGUUUACCCCGACAUGAAUCAAGGUGACUUCUCUAAGCUCCGCUCCACCAAUGUUAGUACGAUGAAGUUCGCACGCGCUGCUGUAAAACAUGGGUUUGAUCACUGCCUUCAUCACAAUUCUCCUGCUCUCGAAAUUCAGGUUGGGGAGUUCGCCAAAGCGGUUUCGAAUGAAGAAGAUGAGACGGAUCUUUUAUAUGGUGGGACUAUGCAACCCAAUCAUCCUCUUGCAGAUAUUGUGGAAGCAGUGGCAGCUGCCAUAUACAUUGACUUGAACUAUGAUCUGCACAAACUAUGGAAGACAUUUAAGCAUAUUUUGGAGCCUAUGGUUACUCUCGAAGACUUGCUGGAUCACCCUGUGUCAAAUUUGUUUAAGUUUUGCCAAAAGCAUGGAAAGCGCUUUGAGAUCGAGAAGGCGAGAAAUUAUGAUAAAAAUAUAAGUAUUUGUGAUGUGUAUGUUGAUGGAAACCGCAUUGCCUCGGCUUAUGGAAAAAAUAUUUCAAUUGCCAAGCGUCAUGCUGCAAGAGAAGCCCUAUCUAAGUUGUCCAAAUUCGGCAUAAGCUAUGGGUCGUUUGAAGUUGUUGCUGAAAAUGAAGCUAAAAAGAUUUUGAAGGAGCUUUGUGAGAAGAAGAGGAUCCGUAAACCAACUUACAGAAUUGAGAAAGAAUUUGGUCCUGAGCAUGAGAAGAGAUUUGUAUCAUCAGUUGAAAUUGAAACUUUAGAUGGUGUGCUAUAUAAGACAGGAGAUGAAAAGCCAAGAAAACGAGAUGCGGAGAAUUCUGCGGCUUCCUUGAUGAUCAUUAUGAUGAACACUAAAGAAGCAACUAAAAUUAAGGGUGGCUAUUUUCCAGAGGAAGCCUUUUAAGGGAAGGGAUCCCUAUUUUUCGAAAAAAAGAGGGACAUCCUCUUAACCAUUAUAUUUGGCUUUAAUGAAAUCCUGUGGUUGAAAUUCUGUGGUCUAUGAUUUAAUCGCAGUUAUAAAAUUUCAUUAAAGUCAAAUAUAAUGGUCAAGACGAUGUUCUUAUUUUUUUUGAAAAAUAGGAAUCCCUUCCUUAGAGGGCCUGAUUUUCCAGAAGCAGCUAAAAUUAAGGGUGGCUAUUUUCCCUCGGUACUCUACAAACUUUGGGUAAUGAUUCGUUGGGUGAUAAGGCUGCUUGUUUUUUGUUUCACAGGAAUAAUUCUGUUGGUUAUUUUCUUUGCUGUGGUCGGUUCUUGUCUGGAAUACUUUUUUUUUGGUUGAAACUUGUCUGGAAUACUUUCAUAUAACAAAGAAUAGCCUUAUAGAGUAUAA